AUGAACUACCCCCUGGCCCUCGACAUGGACCUCACAAACUACAACCUGGGAGACCUGGUGAUUUCUCACCCUUCUGUCUCCUUGUCCUUGCAGUACAAGGAGUUUGCCAACUACAAUGACAGCACAGAGACCCCCCUACUGGAAAGUCACUUCUGCUCCACAGUUGAGGGGCCCCUACUGACUUCCUUCAAGGCUGUGUUCAUGCCUGUGGCCUACAGCCUCAUCUUCCUCCUGGGCCUGAUGGGCAACAUCCUGGUGCUGGUGAUCCUCGAGCGGCACCGGCAGACGCGCAGCUCUACGGAGACCUUCCUGUUCCACCUGGCGGUGGCUGACCUCCUACUAGUCUUCAUCCUGCCCUUUGCUAUCGCUGAAGGCUCUGUGGGCUGGGUCCUGGGAAGCUCCCUCUGCAAAAUUGUGAUUGCUCUGCACAAGAUCAAUUUCUACUGCAGCAGCCUGCUCCUAGCCUGCAUCGCUGUGGACCGCUACCUGGCCAUCGUUCAUGCCGUCCACGCCUACCGUCACCGCCGCCUCCUCUCCAUCCACAUCACCUGCGCAACCAUCUGGCUGGCAGGCUUCCUCUUCGCUUUGCCGGAGAUCCUCUUCGCCAAGGUCAGCCAACCCCACAGCAAUGACUCCCUGCCACGUUGCACCUUCCCUCAGGAGAACCAAGCUGAAACCAAUGCCUGGUUUACCUCCCGCUUCCUCUACCAUGUUGGGGGCUUUCUGCUGCCAAUGCUGGUAAUGGGCUGGUGCUAUGUGGGGGUGGUACACAGACUGUGCCAGGCCCAGCGGCGCCCUCAGCGACAGAAAGCAGUCAGAGUGGCCAUCCUGGUGACAAGCAUCUUCUUUCUCUGCUGGUCACCUUACCACAUUGUCAUCUUCCUGGACACCCUGGCCAGACUGAAGGCCGUGGACAACAGCUGUGAGCUGAAUGGCUCUCUCCCGGUGGCCAUCACCAUAUGCGAGUUCCUGGGCCUGGCCCACUGCUGCCUCAACCCCAUGCUCUACACUUUCGCUGGAGUGAAGUUUCGAAGUGACCUGUCUCGACUUCUGACCAAGCUGGGUUGCACUGGCCCUGCUUCCCUGUGCCAGCUCUUCCCUGGCUGGCGCAAGAGCAGUCUGUCUGAGUCAGAGAAUGCCACCUCCCUCACCACCUUCUAG